GCAGGAGGCCCGGAGGGGCCGCGCUGUCCUAUCGCCUCCCGGCCGGGCUCCCUCUCGAAUGCCCCGGAGGUCCGAGGCUGCGGAGGAGGAGGAGCGGGGCCACCGGGCGGCUCGCUGAAACCGGGGCCGGGCAGCGACGCGGGACCGGCGCGCCCCCCACCCUCCCUCCCACCGAGGGCCACGGCACCGAGCCACCCGCCAGGGUCCCCGCAUCCGCUACCCCCCGGGGCCGCGCGCUCCCACCCACCAUGGCUCCGGGCCGGGCGGUGGCCGGGCUGCUGCUGCUGGCGGCCAGCGGCGGCCUGGGGAGCCCCGCCGAGGGGCCCGGGCUCGCCUUCAGCGAGGAUGUGCUGAGCGUGUUCGGGGCCAACGGGAGCCUGUCGGCCGGCCAGCUGGGGCGCCUGCUGGAGCGUCUGGGCGCUGCACCCCACCAGGGAGCGCUGGAGCUGGGCCAGCUGCACUUCAACCAGUGUUUGUCAGCAGAAGACAUCUUUUCUCUUCAUGGUUUCUCAAAUGCUACGCAGAUAACCAGCUCGAACUUCUCGGCCGUCUGCCCAGCGAUCUUACAGCAGCUGAACUUCCAUCCCUGCGAGGAUCGCCCGAAGCACACUGCAAAGCCAAGUCUUUCCGAAGUUUGGGGCUAUGGACUCCUGUCGGUGACAAUUAUUAAUUUGGCAUCUCUCCUGGGAUUGAUUUUGACCCCGUUGAUAAAGAAGUCUUAUUUCCCCAAGAUUUUGACUUAUUUUGUAGGGCUGGCUAUUGGGACUCUUUUCUCAAAUGCCAUUUUCCAGCUUAUUCCAGAGGCAUUUGGAUUUGAUCCCAAAAUCGACAAUUAUGUUGAGAAAGCAGUCGCUGUGUUUGGCGGAUUUUACAUGCUUUUCUUUGUUGAAAGGACACUUAAGAUGCUGCUGAAAACAUAUGGCCAGAAUGACCACACCCACUUUGGGAAUGAUGACUUUGGUUCUAGAGAAAAAACCCAUCAACCCAAAACGUUACCAUUACCUACAGUCAACGGUGUGACAUGCUAUGCCAACCCUGCGGUCACCGAGCCUAACGGACACAUUCAUUUUGACACUGUCAGCGUGGUGUCCCUCCAGGACGGAAAAACAGAGUCGAGUUCAUGCACCUGUUUGAAGGGGCCCAAACUCUCAGAAAUAGGCACAAUUGCCUGGAUGAUCACACUCUGUGACGCCCUCCACAAUUUCAUCGACGGCUUGGCCAUCGGGGCAUCCUGUACUCUGUCUCUUCUUCAGGGACUCAGUACUUCCAUAGCGAUCCUGUGUGAGGAGUUUCCUCAUGAGUUAGGGGACUUUGUGAUCUUGCUCAAUGCGGGCAUGAGCACUCGACAAGCCUUGCUGUUCAACUUCCUUUCCGCGUGUUCCUGCUACGUUGGGCUAGCUUUCGGCAUUUUGGUGGGCAACAAUUUUGCUCCAAAUAUCAUAUUUGCACUCGCUGGAGGCAUGUUCCUCUACAUUUCUCUGGCAGACAUGUUCCCAGAGAUGAACGACAUGCUGAGAGAAAAAGUAACUGGAAGGAAAACGGACUUCACCUUCUUCAUGAUCCAGAACGCAGGCAUGCUGACUGGAUUCACGGCCAUCCUGCUCAUCACGCUGUAUGCAGGAGAUAUUGAAUUGCAGUAGCAGGAAGUGGAACAUGAUGUUAAUGAAGGAAGGCAUUAAUAAACAACAAUGCAAAAACAUCUCCAAAGGGAUUUUUUAAAAAAGUGUAUCCUAUUUAGUUGAAAGAAAAGUAUAUUUUUUAACUAGAGGCUAAGGAAUCUAAUGACUAGUUUCGGAUAUGUAAAAUAGGUAAACUUUGUUCUUUAAAAAUGUCUUUGAUAGGUUUUCGGUUUCAGUCUGAAGUGACUGGUGUAUGAGGCCUUUGGUAUGUAUAUAUAUGGUUGUUAGUGUUUAUGCAUAUUAGAAAAUUCUCAUGAAGCAAAACACAGGCGUUCCCCAGCAGACAUACAGACCCAGAGAAAAACACCAGGCUUUAGAACUUGGUUGGGUAAAAAUAAUUCAAGUGCUUUCAGAGUGGUUUUCUUUCAAUUAAUGUGUUCUACUGCUCUUAAAGGCAGGUGCGUCAAAUGUGGGGGAAAAUCCAAACAGUUCCAGUGCAUAUACGAACGAUUAUUCCAAGGCCUUAAUGAACCCCAGGAAGAGAGAUUGCUCACUCUGCUUGUUCAGUUUUAUAUCUCAAUUAGCGACUUGUGGGAUUGCUUUGAAAGCUAUUCCAAAGUAACCCAAAUUAGGAAAGCAUGAAAAGCUUGCUAGCCCUGUGAAGCCUGGGCUUGGGUUUGUCCUUGAAUGUAAACUUGAUCAGACUCCAUAAAAGGCCAGAGGUGCUUUGCAUUGGCUUGUGUUGUGGCUCUAGCCCUCGGAAAUGGUGGAGGAGUAUGCAAGACUGGUCAGAACUCAGUCUCACCACGCUCUGGGAUUGCUUUGAGGUGGUGAAGAAUACAUUGGGUGGGAGAAAGAAAUUGAAUGUAAUUUUGAACAAUUUACUUUUUAAGGAUGAGCAUAAUUAUUUAGCAGGGAAAUUUUCAAUAAAUGCAAAAUAACAGCUGGGCUGUGCCGUGUCAGAGACUGACAACUAUGGAAACGUGCUCAUUAGGGGUGAUUGACAAUCAGUCGGAAACAUUUUCUUUUAUGUUCAGCAUGUUUUUCUUUUUUUUCCUCCCAUAUGGUAUACUUUUGGAAAAACCCAGCAUACUGUGGUUGUUUUUCUACCUUUUGUAAAAGAUAGAGCUUAUUGAGUUUUUGAGCAGGUAGUAGACAAUUAGUCUGAUUUGAACAUCCCAAUCUCAAUUUACACUCCCAAGUAGCUUAAAAAAAGAUGACUUGCCAGUGAUGAAAAUUAUUAACAGAAACCCACAGUUAUCUCAGGAAUUAUAUUUUCCUACAAGCCAAAAAAUGUUCAUACAAUAACAAUGCAUAUUUAUCAGACUUUAACAUACGUUUAUGUAUAUUUCACUCUAUGACUGACAAUUGAAAAAUAUUAUUUGACCAAAUAGUAAACAGUUUUGAAGCCAUGUACUGUGUCUGUUAAUUUUCUUUUAAUAUGUCCCUAUUUUGAGUGACUAUCAUGUACCUCGUGUUAUGGGGGAGAGAGACAAAUGGGGAAUUGACAUAUUGUUUAUUUCAAAAAUAUCUAGCAAUAAAUCCUAGAAAGAUUAUUUUUCAUUUCAAUAAACGUAAUCUAUAUAUUAUUUCA